AUGUUCUACGAAAAUAAUUACGCGGGCUCAAGCAAUCAAAAUUACAGCACUAACUAUGAAUAUCAGCAACGAUCACAGUAUCAAGUGAAUUAUCAAGCCGUGGAAUCAAAUGGUUAUCAAGAAGACAUCAACAAAUGCUUGAGUUAUGUUAACAGUGAUUAUAACUCAUAUGAACCAUCCAAAACUUACGAUUCAACAACUUAUUUGGGUAAUUCACAAGAAUGCUCGACUAAAGAUUCAGGCAUAGAAGCAGAUUUAGAGAAUAAUUCUGCAAAUACUUCUGACAAGAAAUUGCACACACAUCAGAAUAAGCUUGAAGAGGAUGAUUGUCAGUUAUGCCGUGAUACAACAGUUUAUUUGCUAUCAACACCGUUCAUUAAUUACUUUGAUUACAAGUUUGCAGCACCUGAUUCAAAUUCAGUUUCAUUGAGUUCUGAUGAAAUUAAUUAUAUUGAAUACAAGUUGCUGAAUAACUUUCAAUUCGCUACGCCAAAGAAGUUUAUGCAUCAGGAUUUGUUUAAUGGCUACUUUAUUCAUCCAAGUAUGUUUGUUGAGGAUAUGCGUAAUGUAAGGACAGACUUUGAAUAUAAUGGAAGUACAGUAGACAAUUCAGAACAAAAGAUGCUGCGUGAAAAUGAGAUGCAACGACUAUAUCCAAUGACUCAACAUUAUGACUAUAAAAACGAACUUUAUAGUUUUCACCCUAAUGCAAACUCAACUCCGGCUAAGUAUCUCUACGAUCAGCAGCAGCAACAACAACAACAGUUUUGCCAUGUCAGCAGCCCAAAUCAAUAUGUGCAAAGUAACGGAUUACCUUGGAAGAAACCUGUCGUUUUAGAUCCACGAUUGUCUGCUAAUUAUGAUGCUGUUUUUCCAUCACUCGAUGUUGAUUCCAACAACUACAAUUACGAUAAGCAAUCAACUAGUAUUAAUGCAAUGGAUAAUAAUUAUGUAUUUUAUUACUGCGUUUUUUGCAAGAAUAAUGGAGAAUCUCCAAAGAUUUACAAGACUCAUAUUCUACGGGAUUUCAUCGGACGUAUAUGCUGCCCAAAACUCCGACGAUAUAGCUGUCCGAUCUGUGGAGCUACUGGAGAUACCGGUAUAUUUUUAUUCUUGUCUAAGGUCGUUUGUUUAAUUGCAUGCAAAAGAUCUCUGGUUUGCUUGAAAAAUUCUCAAACUCAAGCUCUUGUUUGCAUUUAG